GGUUUCAUUCCCAAAGGACGCAGCCAUCGUUCUCUUUCGUAGUUGAUCUCCAAGUCUCCCACAACCUCGGCCCAGUGGAUUCUUUCUAGGGUUUCACAGUGUUCGAUCGACAUGUACAGAACCGCAGCUUCGCGUGUUAGGGCACUCAAGGGCCGUGCAGGCAGUAGGGCCCUUAUCAGAUUUGCAAGUUCAAGUGCUGUUGCCACAAGCUCGUCAUCUUCUGGAGGUUUAUUUAGCUGGCUGAUCGGAGACAAGUCCAAGACACUGCCUCCUCUUGACUUCCCGCUUCCCAAUGUUGCUCUCCCACCUGCACUGCCUGACUAUGUUGAGCCCAGUAAGGUUAAGAUAACAACUAUUUCCAAUGGUGUCAAAAUAGCCUCAGAAACAUCAGCUAAUCCUGCUGCCUCAAUAGGGUUAUAUGUUGACUGUGGAUCAAUAUAUGAGACACCAAUCUCAUUUGGAGCCACACACCUUCUUGAGCGUAUGGCCUUCAAGAGCACAAUAAACAGGAGCUACCUACGCGUUAUACGAGAAGUGGAGGCAAUUGGUGGCAAUGUGACAGCGUCAGCCUCUCGGGAACAGAUGGGGUACACCUUUGAUGCUCUCAAAACUUAUGUUCCUGAAAUGGUAGAGCUUCUUAUUGAUUCUGUGAGGAACCCCGCAUUCCUUGACUGGGAGGUCAGUGAACAGCUUGAAAAGGUGAAAGCUGAGAUUGGAGAAGCUUCCAACAAUCCUCAAGGCUUGCUUUUGGAGGCGCUUCACUCAGCUGGAUAUUCUGGGGCUUUGGCAAAUCCUCUUUUAGCUCCAGAAUCUGCAAUAAACAGAUUAGACAGUACAAUUUUGGAGGAGUUUGUUGCUUUAAAUUAUACUGCUCCUCGGAUGGUACUUGCGGCUUCUGGGGUUGAACAUGAGGAACUGUUAUCUGUUGCAGAACCACUUCUCUCUGACCUACCCAGUGUUCCUCGUCCUGAGGAACCUAAAUCUGUGUAUGUUGGAGGUGAUUAUCGCUGUCAAGCUGACUCAGGGAAAACACAUUUUGCUCUGGCCUUUGAAGUUCCCGGUGGUUGGCAUAAGGAGAAGGAAGCAAUGACUUUGACAGUUCUUCAGAUGCUAAUGGGAGGAGGUGGAUCUUUCUCUGCUGGUGGUCCUGGAAAAGGGAUGUACUCACGACUAUAUCUUCGUGUCUUGAACACAUAUCCACAAAUUCAGUCAUUCUCUGCAUUCAACAGUAUCUACAAUAAUACCGGCUUAUUUGGAAUUCAAGCUACCACUGGCUCUGAUUUUGUAUCAAAAGCCAUUGAUAUAGCAGCUAAAGAACUGGUUGCAGUUGCAACACCUGGACAAGUUGACCAAGUACAGCUAGAUCGUGCCAAACAGACCACGAAGACUGCUGUUCUGAUGAACUUGGAAUCUAGAAUGGUUGCAUCAGAAGAUAUAGGUAGACAAAUCUUGACAUAUGGAGAGAGGAAACCUGUGGAUCAUUUCUUGAAGGCUGUGGAUGAGGUUACUUUGAAGGAUAUUGCUUCCAUCACCCAGAAGCUUCUUUCUUCCCCUCUCACAAUGGCAUCGUACGGAGAUGUUAUUUUUGUACCAAGCUACGAAAAUGUAAGCAGCAAGUUCCAAUCAAAGUGACAUCACUUAUAUAUGCCAGAAGCUGGGUAGUGGCACCUGUUUAUUGUCCUUAAUUUGUUGGACACAUGCUUUUGUUGGAUGUAUGCUUAUCGUCAAGCUCUCUUACAGCCGACACCUGUUGAGAAUAAGAAAGUAAUUUUAAACAUUCUCCAUCUUAAUAAAAUAAUUUGGUGAUCCUGGGCAAGCUACAUUUUGAUGCACAGCUCUUGUUCUGACCCUUUGUAUUUGUUGCUGGCAGAGUUUCAGGGUCUUUGACAGAUACGGUUUCGUUUCUAUGUUUGAUGUAAUUGUCAAUUUCAUUUGUCACUGAAAUUUUGCAUUUCUUCUCUUUUUUUCCCCGUUUGGUUUUGCCUUUAUGUGAAUCAGAGUCUCAAGCCUCAUUGAUUGUUUUUUUUUUUUUCCAUCUAUUCAUUAGCACGUUCCUAAA